ACUCGCCCGGCCUCGCUUGCACUGUGUGUGCCAACGUGGGGGUGUCGCAACAGGAAACGCUCGGUCGUCGUCGGUGCUGGGAGAACUGCAAAAGCCUUUCUUUCGAACUGGCGAAGGCUUGCUUGUGAUUCGCGUCUGACAGGACCUAAUAAGUUGUUCUCGCUCCAACUACACGCAGGUAUACCGUGUAGCGUUGUGGCCACUACUGAGUGCUCUCGUCAAGCCUGUCAGUGCGAACUCAUCUUGAGACUUUGAAGCCACCACGAAGACAUGGCGGCGCCUUCCGGGAACUUGAUCCUGGUGGUGCUCUUCUCUGUCUCUUGUGGACUUGCUGCCGGACAGCAGGGGGGCCGAAAUGCAGCGGCACCGUUCGCCGUCAAUGGGGGCAGCAACACCGCACCGCAGGGUUUGUCUGGCGGUGGUGGCGCCGCAGUGGGUAUGGAGCACCUUCAGGUGGCGCCGGACCUGAAGCAGGCGCUGUCGCUGCGCGUGCCCCAGGAAUUCGUGCGCGACCACCUGGGAGACUACCACUUCCAAAACGCCAACAUACUCCUCAAGGCGCUGCUGCAUCCGACUUUCAAGACGCGCGACCGCAAGAACCGCCACGACUCCUUCGAGCCACUCGACUACAUCGGAUCGUUCGUCAUGGAUUACAUCGUGUCUAGGUGAGCGC